CAUAAACGUCUCCAUCAACAACACAGGCCAUCUUCUAUCUAUCAGUGGGGGGGUGGGAGUUCAUGGUGAAGCCGCUCGGUGAACAACCGCUGGGCCUCGUUUCCAUGGAUUCAUACCCGACGACUCAUUGCGACUGAGGCAUGCCAUUCUUCUCCCCUGCGGCUUAAAUGUGCAGCUUAUUCUGACUCAGGCUAUUGUGGAGCGCACAAGUGGCUCUCUGAGGAGAAGGGGAUGGAGAAAGAAAGGGUGGGGUCAGGGUUCAAAUGAAAGGCUCCCGUCGGGACUCCCUCCCUGUUAUCAAAUUUGUUGAGACACAAAAAGAGCAACAGUCUCAUUCCCAAGAACAUCUUGAGGAGGAGAAAGGAGGUUAGAGGACGGCAUUCUUUGAGUCCGAGCUUCAGUCCCUCUACAGCUCAGCGGUCGAUCUCCACAGUCGUCACUCUGCUUCACUCCUGGGCUGAUUGUUGCUGAAGUUUCCCUUCAGCAGCCAAAUCUUUCUUUGAGAAGUUCAGAACUCUGACAAGCUCCAAAUCUCAGCCACCAGAAUGGAGUCUGCUAACACAGAGCUGCCCUUCCUGCUGUCCAAUCAGUCAUCAGAGAGCUGUGCAGUGGACACGACAGUGGAGAACACCCUGUUUGGAUGCUUCUACAUCCUGGUUUUCUUUUUAGCUCUGAACGGAAACAGCCUGGCUCUCUGGAUCUUCUCCCAUCAGCGAGGCUCCUCCUCUCCUGCUAACAUCUUCCUGAUUCACCUCGCUGUGGCGGACUUAUCGUACGUGGUCAUUCUCCCCCUGAGGGCCACCUACCACCUCACUGGAGGACACUGGCCCUUUGGUGAGGUGCCCUGCAGAGUGGCCGGCUUUUUAUUUUAUGUCAACAUGUAUGCCAGUUUGUACUUCCUGGCCUGUGUGGCGGGGGAUCGCUACCUGGCAGUGGUUCAUGCUGUGAGGUCGCUGAAGGUCCGUCGUGCUCGCUACGCUCACAUCAUCAGCUUCUCUCUCUGGGCCCUGGUUACGGUCUCCAUGGCACCGCUGCUGAUCACCCACCAGACUACAGAGGUGGAUGGCGUGACAGUGUGUUUGCAGCUGUACAGAGAGAAGGCCUCACGCAACGCCCUCAUCUCACUGGCUGUGGCCUUCACCCCACCGUUCCUCGCCACCCUGUCCUGUUACCUGCUCAUUAUUCACAGUCUGCGCCGUGGCUCCAGGCUAGAGCCAGCUCUCAAAAUGAGGGCCCUGCGCACCAUUGGUUUGGUUAUGCUCAUCUAUGUGGUCUGUUUCCUGCCGUAUCAUGUGAGCAGGGCCACGUUCAUCCUGGGCUACAACCAUCCCGGCGUCUCCUGCCAGACCCGCAGAGGUCUGAGCUUGGCCAACCGCCUCACCUCCUCCCUCACCUGUCUGAACGGCGCCAUGGACCCUUUGAUCUACCUGUUUGGAGCUGAGAAGUUUCGAGGCACCUUAAAGCGUCUGUUCUGCAAAGACAAGGCGGGGGUGUCAGGAGCCACCAGCGGGGAAUUAAAGGGAACACAUGAAAGCUCUGUGAGCGCCAAGUCAGAGUUUUGAGGAAGAGAAAUUGGAACUCAAUCUUUGGCACAGUUUGAUCCAUUUCAAACACAAACUUAAAUCGGCCUGACUAUCAAUUACCAGUUUCCACAAUGUGGUUAAUGAACCAAUGUAGCCCCUUAGUUUAGAAUAAAAUCCUUGCUCCAUUGUCAGUCCCACUCCCUGAACCUUCACAGACUUUAUGGACUCUACCACCUUCUGUGGCUAGGUGGUCAUCUCUCAUCCAGAAGGUCAGGGGUUCGA